UUUUUGUAUUUUUUUGUAGAGGCCAGGUCUUGUUCUAGCCUAGGCUGGUCUCAAACUCCUGGCUUCUGGGAAUCCUUCCACCUUUUGCUUCCAAAGUGCUGAGUUUAUAGGCGUGAGCUGCCACACCCAGCCAGUGCUGCUUAACUUAAUGAGACCUUAGUUAAGUUUUACUCCUCCCAGGCCCCCAAACUUUGGACUGUCCCAGGUCAUUGGAAAUCAGAACAAGCUCUCCUCCUGGACAACCCCUCCCCCAAAUAGGCUGAUCUUAGGCUAAAAUAUUCCCAGAGUACCUGUAGGUCCCAGGGCCUCAUCCAUUGCCCCACACCUGGUGCCUUCUAGACUUGUUUACACUUUCAUAUAAAAGGAAAGCUCUUUUCUUUGUGACUCUAAGACAGGUGCAGAGUCUGUGGUUGACACAUCCUCCCUAUUGCAAUAAUCCUUUUAAAUAAAAUCUCUCCUAUGUCUAAAUUUAUUUUUUGACAAUAAUGAAUAUUUUAUUGUUUCAUCUGUGUUAGGAUAUGUACAUUCUGUCUUUUGUCCCAUUAGACUUCAGAAAAUGUUAAACUUUGAAAAGACAAAUAUAACAAAAAUUGCUCAUUCUCUUUUUUAUGGUAUAGGCUAUAUAAUAUAUACUCAAUAGAUGAACGUAGUUCCUAGUUGGAAAAAAAUUUCUUAAAUCCUUAGUAAUUUGUGUCUCUCUUAUAAUGUUAUUACAGGGACCAUAUCUCAAAAUUUUUCUGUGGCUGAAAAAAUAUCCCUGUUUUUUCUGAAGAAUAAGAAUGUCCAUGUUGCUUCCUUGAAAUUUUCAGAAGCAGCAAAAUUCCACAUAUGCAAAAUGGAUUCAAGACUUUGAGCUAUCCUGAGCUUCUUGUCUACUGUUUUGAUAACCGAAAGCUCCACAAUCAACAAGUUUGUUUGGGUUCACUGAAGUCUAGGUUAGAAGUUCCUUCCUGGCAUCAUAGUUACUGAAUAAUAUUCAAUAGUACAGAAAGAUCCCAAAUCCUGGCCUCAACAGUGCAACUUUAAAAACAUGCAGAAAUAUCUUAUAUUCAUCUGUGUGCCAUGCCAGGACAUUCUGCUCAUUUCACGCCAAUAAAAUGUUAAAUAUGCUAAGUUUCCAUGUGAGCAUAAUCAUAUUUAAAUUUAUUGGCAUUUCAUGAAUGAAACUUCACACAAAUAAUGAUGUUAGAGAAAAACAUACUUCUCAGUACAUAUUAACUCACAGAUGCUGCCAUAAAAUUAUUGCUGGUAGAGAUCAAGAUACAUAAAAUGUAAUAAUCAAGUUUUCUUUUGUUCAGGGUUCUUAUGAAGGAGAAUAGCCUACCUGCUACAUACUCUUCGGACUAUUCUAAAAUUAUUCUCUAGGGGAAAAUAAAUGCAAAUGCCCAUGUUCUCCAUACAUAACAGAAUAUUCAGAAAGAUAAAGACCUAAAAUACAUUACCAUUUUAAAAUAAAGUAGGUUUUCAGAAUGCACAUAAAGUCAAUUUGAAAUUACAGUAUGUUUAGAAAUUACUGACAUAACAAUAUUGUGAUGUCAACAAAGUCUAUCUCUAAAAUAUUUCAGAUUAACUUAUCUUCAGUGGAAUAACAUAACAAGUAUACCAAGUGUAAGGGACAACUAACUAAUAUCAAUUUUAAAAAGCUAUUGCUUUUUUAAAAGCAACAAUUGGUGACCUAACUUAAUACUGGAUUUAGGUUUCCAUUCUUUUCACCUCAGGUGUUGUCCCUAUGAAAGUGUCUGGAACUGACCACAGUGUUGACUGCCUCUGCAGUAAAUGGGGAAUAGAUAUGGAAAAGAUUUCCAUUGUGUUCUGUUGGGCAUCAGCAUGAAAUUGCACCUUGUGUCCACCCAGAGGUUUGCAUUUCACAUUCUAGAUUGUAUUCCCUUCAGGCUCAAUUCUGGGGUUUUUAAUUAAAUUGCUAACAUGAAUUUGAAUGGAGGGAACUUUCCUGGAUGCAAUCAUAACCCACGCGGAUCCCGCCAGGGGGAUCCCAGCUCUCAGUGCCCUGAGCUGCUUCCACCUGUGUUGGGUCCCCUAACCCCUUUAAAGCCUUGCAACAGCUAGUGCUGAGAGCGAGGCGGAGGGAAGCUCAGGCCCCGCCCACACCCUCGCCGGCCCCGCCCAGGCCUGGGUCUCCUGCGCGCGCAGCAUUCUGUGGACCCGGAAGCGGAUCGCGUGGAGGGAGUGUGGCGUGGCUGCGCGAUUGACUGUUAAAGACUCAUGUUGGGUGAGGAAGAAGCCUGGAAACGGGGCAGGAGGAAAGGAAAGGAGUCAGGAAUGGCUCUGACUCAGGGACAGUUGACAUUCAGGGAUGUGGCCAUAGAAUUCUCUCCAGAGGAGUGGAAGUGCCUGGACCCUGCUCAGAGGGCUUUAUACAAGGCCGUGAUGUUGGAGAACUACAGGAACCUGGUCUCCCUGGCAGGAAUUUCUCAUUUUGACCUGAGUAUUAUCUCCAUGUUGGAGCAAGGAAAAGAGCCCUGGACUGUGGAGAGCCAAGUGAAAACAGCAAGAAAAUCAGAUAGAUGGAAAUGGAUGAAAGGUGUGAUCACAGAUCUCUCUCCUGCAUUUGUAAUAAAAAAUGUACCUCCAAAAGGGAAAACCAGUGCAGGAGAAGUAUUCCAAACAGUGACAUUGGAACGACCUGAAAGCCAUGACAUUGAAGACUUUUCCUUUACAGAAGUGCAGAAAAAUAUACAUAACUUUGGGUAUCAAUGGGGAGAUGAUGAAGGAAGUUACAAAGCUGAGCUUAUGACUCCUAAAGUGAAUCUCAGUGGUAGAAGAGAUCAACAUGAAAGAAGGGAUGCAGGAAACAAGCUUAUUAAAAAUCCAUGUGGAUUAAUCGUUACAUCACGUGUGGCUCAACCGCAGCUAUUUCAAAGUGAAAGGAAAGUUGACGAAUGUAAUGAAAUCAAGUCUACCAACCAUGAUUCCUCAGUUUCACCACUUCAACAAAUCCCUUCUAAUGUCAAAACCCACAUGUCUAAAAACUGUGAGAAUGAUGUCAUCUUUUCUUCAUCACUGACUCAAGGACAAACAGUAAAUGGUGUAAAACCUUACAAAUGUACAGAAAGUGGCAAGGUGUUCACUGAAAAUUUACAUCUUGCUUGUCAUAAGAUAAUUCAUACUGUAGAGAAAUCUUACAAGUGUAAUGAUUGUGGCAAGGUCUUUACUCGAAAUGCAUACCUUGCACGUCACAGGAGAACACAUACUGGAGAAAAACCUUAUAAAUGUAAUGAAUGUGGCAAGGCUUUUGCUCGAAAUGCAAACCUUGCACGUCAUAAGAGAAGUCAUACUGGAGAGAAACCUUACCAAUGUAAUGAGUGUGGCAAAGCCUUUAGUAUACGUUCAAGACUAACUAUCCAUCAGGCAAUCCAUACUGGAGAGAAACCUUACAAAUGUAAUGAGUGUGGCAAAGUCUUUACUCAAAAUGCAUACCUUGCACGUCACAGGAGAACACAUACUGGGGAAAAACCUUACAGUUGUAAUGAGUGUGGCAAGGCCUUUGCUCGAACUUCACAGCUUGUCUGUCACAGGAGACGGCAUACUGGAGAAAAACCGUACAAAUGUUACGAAUGUGGGAAGGUCUUCAAGCAUAAUGGUUCCCUUGCAUACCAUCGAAGAAUUCAUACUGGUGAGAAACCUUAUAAGUGUUAUGAGUGUGGCAAAUCCUUUAGGGUUCGAUCAAUCCUAACUACCCAUCAGAUAAUCCAUACUGGAGUAGAACCUCACAAGUGUAAUGAGUGUGGCAAGGUCUUCAUUCGAAAUGCAGACCUUCAGCGUCACAAGAGAAGGCAUACUGGAGAAAAACCUUACAAAUGUAAUGAGUGUGGCAAGGCCUUCACUCAACAUUCAGACCUUGCACAUCAUAGGAGAAUUCAUACUGGAGAGAGGCCUUACCAGUGUAAUGAGUGCGGAAAAGCCUUUAGUGUACGUUCAAGACUGACUAUCCAUCAGGUAAUCCAUACUGGAGAGAAACGUUACAAAUGCAGUGAGUGUGGCAAGGUCUUUACUCGACAUGCACACCUUGCACGUCACAGGAGAAGGCAUACUGGAGAAAAACCUUACAAAUGUAAUGAGUGUGGCAAGGCCUUCACUCAAAAUUGGCACCGUGUUGUGCAUCAAAGUAUUCACAGUGGAGAGAAACCUUACAAGUGUUAUGAGUGUGGCAAAGCCUUUAGUGUUCGUUCAAUCCUAACUACCCAUCAGAUAAUCCAUACUGGAGAGAAACCUUACAAAUGUAAUGAGUGUGGCAAGAUGUUCACUCAAAAUGCACACCUUGCACGUCACAGGAGAAGGCAUACUGGAGAAAAACCUUACAGAUGUGAUGAAUGUGGCAAGGCCUUCACUCAGAAUUGGCAUCUUGUUAGGCAUCAAAAUACUCACAAUAGAGAGAAACCUUACAAGUGUUAUGAAUGUGGCAAAGCCUUUAGUCUUCAUUCAAUCCUAACUACCCAUCAGAUGAUCCAUACUGGAGAGAAACCUUACAGUUGUAGUGAGUGUGGCAAGGCCUUUACCCAACAUUCACAGCUUGUGUGUCACAGGAGAAGGCAUACUGGAGAGAAACCUUAUAAAUGUUAUGAAUGUGGGAAGGUCUUCAGGCAUAAUGGCUCCCUUGCAUACCAUAGGAGAAUUCAUACUGGUGAGAAACCUUUUAAGUGUUAUGAGUGUGGCAAAACCUUUAGUGUUCGUUCAUUGCUAACUACCCAUCAGAUAAUCCAUACUGGAGAGAAACCUUACAAAUGUAAUCAGUGUGGCAAGGCCUUCACUCAAAAUGGGCACCUUGUUAGUCAUCAAAGUAUUCACAAUAGAGAGAAACCUUACAAGUGUUAUGAGUGUGGCAAAGCCUUUAGUCUUCAUUCAAUCCUAACUACCCAUCAAAUGAUCCAUACUGGAGAGAAACCUUACAGAUGUAAUGAGUGUGGCAAGGCCUUCAUUCAAAAUUCACAGCUUACAUCUCACAUGAGAAGGCAUACUGGAGAGAAACCUUACAAAUGUAGUGAGUGUGGCAAGGCCUUCAGUCAGAAAUCAACCCUUAAAACCCAUCAGAUAAUCCAUACUGGAGAGAAACCUUACAAAUGUAAUGAUUGUGGCAAGGCCUUCAGACAGAAAUCAGCCCUUAAAACCCAUCAGAUAAUCCAUACUGGAGAGAAACCUUACAAAUGUAAUCAGUGUGGCAAGGCCUUUACUCAAAAUUCACAGCUUGUUAAUCAUCAAAGCAUUCACAGUGGAGAGAAACCUUACAAGUGUAAUGAGUGUGGGAAAGCCUUUAGACUGCGUUCAUUCCUUAGUGUGCAUCAGGCGGUACAUACUGUUGGGAAGUAGAGUUAGGAGACAUGGAAAGUUUCAGGAGUUUUGCAGGGCUUUCUUUAGUUUGAAGGAAUCUUUGUGUAUAUUACUUCACAAACCAGAAACUGCUUAGCAUUAAGGGGGGAUCAUUUCACCAAUCAGGGGCUAUUGCAAGGUGGUGAUGAUCUUUAGGCCUGGCAAGCGUGUGCCUGGAGCUUGUGCAAGGCAGAGCUCAGCAUAGGGCCCAAGGUUAGAUCUUAUUGAGGGAUGUCAGCCCUGCAGACACACUGCAUCUGGUACUGUCAUAAACUUGGAGGCUAUUCCUGUUCACUCCUGACCAUAUGUCUUAUUAUAGAGAGAAAUAGAUUAAAAUAUGCAGGAUCAAUGUUCCUGUUUUAUGUGUUAAGUAACAAUUUUAUCUUUAACUUGUAUACUGAACCAAGUGUAUUCUUAACUUACAGUUUAAAAUGUUUACCUUGGAAAAAUUUUGUAACCAUUUAAUGUUAUAGAUAGAAUUAGGUAAGAGAUUUCUUGAAACCUUUGGGGGACCUUGAAACCUAAGUGAAUAAUCUAUACACAAUUCUCUUACCGAGGACAAGUUCUUCCCGUACCAAUUAAUACUGAUGUGGGCCUUCACUCAGUGCCUCCUGGCUCACAAGAAUGCUGGAGGACCUCUGGGUUCCCCAUCACUGUAAACUACACUUUGUCUCUGUUAUUUCUAAAAGUCUUGUGAUGAUCUUGCCUGGGUUCCAUUUGUUGGGAGAGUAGCUAACUACUGGCAUCAUACUAGAGAAAAACCUUACAAAUGUAGUCAGUGUGGCAAGGUUUUCCCUUGAAAUACACACCUUUGAAGUCAUCAGUUCAUCAUGGAGAGAAAGCUUACAGAUGUAAUGACUGUGAGAAGUUUUUCAGUGAACAAUCAAAGCUUGCAAGGCAUCACAAAAUUCAUACUUGAAAGAAACCAUUCAAAUGAGUGUGGCAAAAUCUUCACUCACAGUUCACUCCUUGCAUGACAUUAGAGAAUUCAUUCUCAAUGGAAUUCUUACAAAUCCUCAAUCGAGUAAGGCCAAUUAGCCUUACUUGAAAGAAACCAUAUGAAUGAGUGUGGCAAGAUCUUCAGUCACAAUUCACUCCUUGCAUGACAUUAGAGAAUUCAUUCUUAAUGGAAUCCUUACAAAUACAGUCUAUGGCAAACCCCUUGUGACUUCAAGCAUUAACAUUGGAGAGCCCAUGCUAAAGAACAAUCAUAUAAUUGUACGUGGAAAGGGCUUUUUUUGUGCUUCACAACACACUGGGCAUCAAAAUACACAUUUCUGAUGAAAGCACACAGAUGUAAAGUGUACGUUGAGGCUAUUACCCAGGGCCAUAAAUGUAGGUGAGGAUUUGUAUGAUGAAUGCCUCAGUCUCUAAUUUUCCAUGAUUAACAUUUGAUAUUACACACUGUAAAAUAAUUCUAAGUCCAAAUAUAUUAAAACUUAUGGCAUGAUAUAUAUCAAGGUGCCAGGACAUUUGGAGAUGGCCAGUUACCUUGAGGUUACAAAAUAUUUUAUUCAUAUAAUUGAGGAUUCUUGAAAAGGCUAGUUUACUACUCAUAACAUUCAACAUGAACUUUAAAAUCUUACUAUUAUGCCUUUUCCACAAGCCUUCGUUGUGGUCUGUGGGAAACAAUCCAUUGUGUGGCAGGGCCUGCUUUAAAGGUGAAGAUCACUUCUGUCCACAUUCCUGUAAGAAGAAGGAUGCUGUCUUUGAAUAUUAAAUACCAUCUGAAUGGCAUUUGGGAAGGGCAGAGAAUAACAUAAAUGUAUGCUGUCACUUAUCUUGCUCAUUCUGUUCAAAGUUCUUUUCUGACAGGAGGGCACUGUAGGUUGAGGGAGACAAAGCUCAAUCAAGUGGCCAUAAUUUACAGCAGAUCAAAUUUGCUACUCGGGUGGCUAACAUCCAACAAGUGGUCACCUUCCUGGGAUACCAGGUUGUAAGCCUAUAAAAGUAAAUUGGACUCUAUUGUGAUUGGAAUAUCACUCAAUUUUGUGUUACAUCUCUCAUAUAUAAUCAGACUCGGUUUCCUUGGGAAAACAUUAAGAAACAUCUACUUAAUCAAGGAAAUCUGACUGAAGAGAUUGGAAUUUUAUGUCAAGGAAUAUUAAGUGCCUUCCGUCACAAACUUGAUCUAAUCUCUGAGACUGACAGUAUUAAUGGUAUUUCAUCUGGAGGGGAGUCAGUUAACCCACUUUCUCAUCUUAAGAUCUAUGGGAGUUGUGCUAUAGUAACUUUUUGAAUUAUUUUAAUCAUUUGCUUGUACUUAUAGUCUGGAAAAAACUCCGAAGAAGACAAGACUCCAGAGUCCAAUGCCUUGCAGUGAUGGCUAUCCAACUUCAUCAACUUCUGAAAAGAAAGGGGAG